AUGGCGGAAGAGCCUCUCACACCAUUCGGACAGGCGCUUGCCGGCGCGCUCGGAGGUGUCUUCUCCAACGCGGUCAUCUACCCGCUUGACACGGUCAAGACCCGCAUCCAAGCAGGCCAGAGCUCAGCCGUCGUAGCAGGCAAGGAGGCGCGUGACCCCAAGGAUCCCAGCAAGACGAUCGUCACUGUGCCCAAAAGUGCUGGCAUGAUCAAGGGCAUCCUACACAUCAUCCGCAGCAAGGAAGGUCCAGCAGGUCUGUACAAGGGCUUUGCCGCGAGCAUGGUCAACAACUUCACCACUGGCUUUGCCUACUUCUACUGGUACUCGGUGGUGCGCACACUCUACCAGAACCGUCUGGCCAAGCGCAGUGCGUCAGGUGUGGCCAUCAUGAGCACGGCUGCCGAGCUCGUUCUUGGUGCUGUCGCCGGUGCAUUGGCGCAGAUCUUCACCAUCCCCAUCGCUGUCAUCGCGACUCGACAGCAGCUUGGCACUACCGAGGCCGCCAAGGACGGCAAGAAGCCGGACGAGAGCUUUGUCGGUCACGCCAAGGUCAUUCUCCAAGAGGACGGCAUCACGGGCUUUUGGCGUGGUCUCAAGCCUUCGCUGGUGCUCACCGUCAACCCCGCCAUCACGUACGGUGUCUUUGAGCGUGUCAAGACCAUCAUCCUCGCUGCGUCCGUCGACGGCAAGAUGACCCCUGGCAAGUCGUUCCUCGUCGGCGCCCUCUCCAAGACCCUCGCGACCGUCGUCACCUUCCCUUACAUCCUCAGCAAGAUCCGUCUACAGGCCAAGAACACCAAGUACACCAGCGCCAUCGAUUGCUUGACCCAGAUCGCACGCGAGAAGGGCCUCAGCGGCUGGUACCAGGGCAUGUCGGCCCAGAUCACCAAGGCCGUCCUCGCCCAGGCCCUACUCUUCUUCUUCAGGGACUACUUUGAGGUAUGGACUCGACAGAUCCUCAAGGUCAGCAAGAAGUCGGUUGCAGCUUGA